GGCGCGGUUGCCCCGCGGGUCUGGAAGGACGCGAACCCCUGGGGACUUGUCCACGUCAUUGGUAUUCUGCAGCCAGCUCGCCCAACUCUCUUGAGAAGGCGCUCUCUGUCUGCUGACUGGGCCGCUGGUGAUCACUUCGCUCCAUCGCCUUCUGCCUUCUACCCACCGCGCCUAGGGCUGCUUUGCAUUUCAGAACUUUCGCCUGGUGGCCACCGACGCCCACCUUAGAAGCUCAAGAAGUGACUUCUCCCACUACCCAGACACUGGAGGCCCAAGGAGCUAGGCAGCGGGCGUAGGAGUGAGGCCUGGAACCGUGACGUCGGUGCACAGUGUACACAGGACGUUGAGGAGAACAGCAAUCCAACAGAUCCGGGAACCCAGGGAAUGGGCGCCCAGAGAAUUAUAAUCUGUGCCUUUUCCUACCCGUUUGGUCAGGGAUCUCGGCAGUGAAGUUGUUACCUCGCUGAAGGACAGCAGAAUCUCUGAAGGGCCCACAGAGACAUUAGAGGGUUCAAUUCUUGCCGCUGCACUCUUUGGCUGGGUGUUUUUGGACGGACUUCACCUCUAUCUAGGGGGAGAACCCUAGCUGCCAAAAGGAGGCAGUGUCUACCAGUCGGAGCCUAGCGGGGUGUGAAGAGAGGUGAACUGGCCAGUGGGUGGCUGGAUGAUGUGCGGCAUAAAGUCCAUCUCAACACCUUCGGGUUCUUCAAGGACGGCUACAUGGUGGUCAAUGUCAGCAGCCUCUCUGUGAACGAGCCGGAGGGAGCCACGAUCAAGGACUCUGAGAUCGGAUUCAGUCUCGAUCGGACCAAGAAUGAUGGCUUUUCUUCUUACCUGGAUGAAGAUGUGAAUUACUGUAUUUUUAAAAAAAAGUCCAUGUCUUCUGUCACUCUUCUCAUCUUAGACAUCUCUGGAAGCAUAGUCAAGGUCAGAUCCCCAGCAGAAGCUGGUAAGCAGUUACCAGAGAUUGUCUUCAGCAAGGAUGAGAAAGUCCCCAGUCGGAGCCAGGAGCCUGCUGUCAGCUCCAACCCCAAAGACAGUGAGGCUCAGAGAACCCUCGAUGGUCCCAAGGCUAGACGAAGUACAGUGGACUCAAAGGCUAUGGCAGAGCAAUCCUUCUCAAUUCACAAGAAUGACGGGGCGGUCUCAUUUCAGUUCUUCUUUAACAUCAGCACUGAUGACCAGGAAGGCCUCUAUAGCCUUUACUUCCACAAGUGCCCAAGCAACACGAAGCCCGGUGAACAGGUGUCAUUCAGCCUAAAUAUUGAUAUCACGGAGAAGAACCCUGACAGCUACCUCUCUGCCGGGGAGAUCCCUCUCCCCAAGUUAUAUGUUUCCAUGGCCUUGUUCUUCUUUCUGUCUGGGACCCUCUGGAUUCACAUCCUGCGGAAACGAAGGAAUGAUGUAUUUAAAAUUCACUGGCUGAUGGCGGCCCUUCCUUUCACCAAGUCUCUCUCCUUGGUGUUCCAUGCAAUCGACUACCACUACAUCUCCUCGCAGGGCUUCCCGAUUGAAGGCUGGGCCGUUGUGUACUACAUAACUCACCUGCUGAAGGGCGCACUGCUGUUCAUCACCAUUGCUCUCAUCGGCACUGGCUGGGCCUUCAUCAAGCACAUCCUGUCCGAUAAAGACAAGAAGAUCUUCAUGAUUGUCAUCCCGCUCCAGGUCCUGGCGAACGUGGCCUACAUCAUCAUAGAGUCCACCGAGGAAGGCACGACUGAGUAUGGCCUGUGGAAGGACUCUCUGUUCCUGGUUGACUUGCUGUGCUGUGGCGCCAUCCUCUUCCCAGUGGUGUGGUCAAUCAGGCAUUUACAAGAAGCCUCCGCCACAGACGGAAAAGCCGCCAUCAACUUGGCGAAGCUGAAGCUCUUCAGACAUUACUACGUCCUGAUCGUGUGCUACAUCUACUUCACCAGGAUCAUCGCCUUUCUUCUCAAGUUUGCUGUCCCAUUCCAGUGGAAGUGGCUCUACCAGCUGCUGGACGAAACAGCCACGCUGGUGUUCUUUGUCCUGACGGGGUAUAAAUUUCGCCCAGCUUCAGAUAAUCCCUACCUGCAGCUCUCUCAGGAAGAAGAUGACCUGGAGAUGGAGUCCGUCGUGACGACGUCGGGAGUGAUGGAGAAUAUGAAGAAGGUGAAGAAGGCCAGCAACGGAGCUGUGGAGCCCCCGGGCAGCUGGGAAGGCACGGCGUGAGCGCCAGCACGGCCGAGGACCACUGUCAAUGACGCGAGCGUAUUCAUAGCCCUCUCAGUGAGCCAGCGCGGUCCUGACAGAGCCAUGGCCUCUCCCACCAGUGACCCCGGCCGGCGCCCAGUGCUCACACGCAGCCGAGAGCCAUGGACACAUUUUUGUACUCUUAGGGAUCUGGACUGCGGUGGGCUGCAGGCAGCUAGGACUGCCCUCAGUGAGGGCGGGAGGCUUAGAGGAGUAAAGGACUGUCGCUCUGACUUACCUUGCUAAUCAGGAGCCUGGGUCUGCGCAGGGGACCCCCAGUGGCUGCUACUCAGAAAGGCUGUGGGGUGGGGGAGCAGGUCUGCCGCUGCUUUGGUCGCAGUGCUUCGGAGGCUGGGGAGGAUGUGGCCCACUGCUUGGCCUAGCGUUAGGAGGCUUUGCAUUCAAUUCCUAGCACCAGGGUGGGGGGGACGAUGCCACUUUGGGAACCAGACAGAUAUCCACCAAGGACAUAAGAGAAAGAGAUUGUCAGCCUAUGGGAACAAGAACAACAGAAAUGAAUGAAAUUCUUUUAGAUAGCCAAAUAGACACCCUAGGUGGCAUGAGACACCUGCCCAGGGCCACUGGUCCCCAAGCACCAUUCUGAAUGUCCCCGCCCCUGAUGUGACCUACAACAGUGGUGCUAGAGGCCGGCUGGGAGGACCUAGUCCAGGCUGAAGGGGAGAAGAGCCUUGGAGGUGCAGAGGUGAACUCCGGCCCCCGCCGCCCAGAGCAGCCGCCUGGCUUCCUCUCCUUCCACCUGUGUCUUCUCAUCCCAAUCCGAGAAAACAGGAUUUUCCUGCAGGAGCAGCUGAGGGCAGACAGGGUAGUGUCUAAACGAGCACGUAGGGGAGCACCCUUCCACAGCAUGCAUGGGCCAGGCAGGCCCUCUGAGCCUCCGCUGUGUAGUCCGCCUGCGUGAAGGGGGUGAAUGUGUUUGAGGCUCUCAUGCUCAGAGACCUGAGACAGCCAGAUCUGCCCAGAGCCUGGCCAGGAGCACCAGCGGCUGCCUGUAGAAGGCAUGUGACAAGGUCACGGGAGACCAGCUCGGCCCCUCAGAACUGCUUAGUGCCCAGGGCUUGUCGGUGAGUCCUUCAAGGAGCAGGCGCUUCCUGGGGUUACUCUACCUCCCAGUGCAGAAGACAAAGAUCUCUGUCCUGAAGACAGUGUGUCUGUCUCCACACCCCACCAUGUCCUAAGCCACCAGUGAGAAGCCGCUGCCGCCCGAGUAGGUCCAUCCCUACCACAGCUGUUCCAUCUUGAGGAAGGUAGACAGGCUGAAGGACCCAUCUAAGGGCCGCUUUUCUCCUGCUUGGUUCUGUUUGCUUUGUUUUGUUUGUACUUGUUUAGAGUAUGUGGUGGGCAGGGAGGUGUCGAGGAGAUGGGGUAUUCGUGCUUUGUUUUCUGCACAGAAGCACUCCAGUGCUGCAGAAGCAUGUUCCUGUGGCGACAUCCAAGCCACAGCCUGCCCCUCAGAGUGCGGGCUCUUUGUGGAAGGGGCCUUGUUUCACUUGCUGGGUUUUAUUAAUAAGGCAGCUUGGUGAAGGAGAGCCAGAGGGGGGCAGCUGGGCCACCCAGCCCACAGAGCUAUCUGGGUGCACAGCUGAGCGGCUAUAGGGGGAUGGCCUGCUCCUUCCAGAGCAUGGUGGCACGGGCCAGGAGGUGUGCCACAGCAGUGUCGCUCCCGAGUCCUGCCUUGUAACUGCUGUAGGUGGGAACCCAGGCAUGGCGGGGGCUGGGGGUGGGUGGUCAGCGUAACAUGGGACUGGGAAGACUGGCCUGGUGCCCAGGCUGUGGAAAGGAAAGCUAGCAGCCCUUUAUCCUGCACCGUAAGUCUAUCUCCAUCACUCGGGAGCCGUGCACUCCACCGUGUCCUUGGGUAGAGGAGUCUGAUUGGAGUCUAGCCACCCCACUCAGGAGCUGCCCUCUGCAGCCUUGAGUCUUAGCCCACCCGGCUCCACAUAGCACGUUUGAGUGGUGAAGCCCUAGUGUUGGAGGGGCUGAGCAGAAAUGGGGAGUCCGUUGCACUGCCACUGUGGCAUCAACAGCUCUGCCCUGUCCCACUCCCCUGCCUGCUGAGAUAGCCAUACUUUUCUGAGAGUGCUGUGGACUGGAAGCUGUGGGCUGUGACAUUGAAUAAAGUGUGGAUUUUGCUAGAUAAUUAUUUCUUGGGCAACAGGAACAAGUGGUCAGCUCUGAACUCUAACAGGACUCAGCCUCUCAGGUUUGAAUAGCAGAGCAUAGUCUAAUGUCGAGCCUGACUGGACUUCAUUCUCUUGAGGGGAGCAGCUCACUCCAGGUCAAAGAUCCUGCCUCACAUCGGGCCAAGUCUUCAGUUCUUCAAAAACCACCUCAGAGUGAAAUACCCAAGUGUCACCUCUCUCCAGCCUCAGCCUGCGCAGCCAGCCGGGCGCCCAGCUCCUGAAGUGCUCGCAGAUUCCUGAUCCUCUUGGUCCACAGUGAUCCUCCUCUCCCUCCUCUUCCCUUCCAACCCCCACCCUUCUCCCUCUCCCCCCGCACCCCUUCCUGCUUUACCACUGACUCCUUGGCCUCUCUGGCAUCCUCAGCCGCAGGCUGGUGCAGUGCAGCAUUGUCUGUCUGCAGCUGCAUGCAGAAUGUAUUUUCUAAACCAGGGAGCGUGUUAUCAAGAGUGCAAACUAUGCAAACUAAUGCCGUGUAUUGCUGCUUUGCACCACAUGGCGCACACCACAAUGCCUGUCUGGCUCUUGGAGUGGAGUCUAAAGCCAGCCUUUGCAGAAGGGAAGCCCAUCGACGAUCCCGUGUCCAUUUUCCGUGGCCUCUGGCCUCCUCCCACAUCCCAAAGCGUAUUCCUCGAGGAAGCGUUAGUCUGAUGAGGUUGCUGGCCCAGUGCCAUACUCCCAAAAGGACAACCUUGUUCUGCCAAGUUGCUGACCUCAAAGGAAGGUUCUAGCCCAUCCCCCAGCCUUGCUCCUACGCUCUGUCACCCACCUGAGUCCCCGAGCUGGCCUGCCCUGAGCCUCAGCAGGUCACCAUGUGUUCCUCAGGGGCUGCCCUGCCACUGCUGCUGCCUUUCCUCUCUAGGACUCCAUGAGGACUUUCUUCACUCUCUCGCUAUUCAGAGCAGGCCCGUAUUCUCAAAGAUCUGCCUUUUACUCCUCCCUCCCUGAGGCUGCCCUGGCAGGAUUCUGUAAAAACCAUUCUCAGGAGUCCUGCUCAUACUGUACCACCUAGCAUGUGCUCACAGGUCACAGGCCAGCGAGUCUCCCCAUCUCUCGGGGCCCCAUCUGUCCCGCAGAGGUAUGUCUGUUUCAUGCUUAGAAGGCAUCGUACAUUUGGGUGACCCUCUGCCUGGCCAGGGGCCACCUGCCUGCUCCCCCACACUCUAAAGAGACCGCACUGAGGGACAGAUGUCAUGACUAGCAUGUCAGGACCUGGUAUGAUUGUGACCACAGGGAGGAGACUUCACACUGGCCAGUGGGGAAGGCCCACAGUUCCUGGUGUGUCCACAUAGAGCAGAGUGAGAGACUCUGCUGAGUGGGGAUGCUCAUCUGGAGCUGAGGUGCAAUAGAUGGGGAGCUGGAGGGCCAGCCUUCUUGGCAUCCCAGCACUAUUCCUUCCUUCUGCUGAAGGGGCUGGACAGCCUGUCCACAGAAAGGAACUCUUCAGUCCCUAAACAGCUUUUCAAGAUGACCCAGAUAAUUGUCAGACUAACCCCAGAGGUUUCACCUGCAGGAGGUCUACUGAGCCUGAUGCCUUACUCAGGCUGGGUGCAGGGGCUGGGGACCACUUAGUGAUUGUUAACAUUAAUCACUGAAAUAUCUACAAGCACGGGAUGUGGAUGUGCUCAGGGUUGGUGGCUGGCUGCUGUGUGGGGGCAUUUCACUGCAAAGCAAAUAUGCCCAAUAAAGAUUCCAUGUGGAAA